UCUCAAGGCCCUUAGAAUACGUCACGCUUACUCCUAUCAUCUUCCACCAUGGAGAAAGUACCAUCUACCCCCGUCCCCGUGUAUGACCACGAGCCUCAAUUUUACCAACCGCAGCCAAUUGCUCCUCCAAAUGCACACGUCCAAUCUCCAGUACAUGAUCCUAACAUGAUGGCCGUACCACAGCCAUAUGUUCAUCCCGCCGGCGGUCAUCCCAGUGGAUACAACUCCGCAACUCCGUUGCAUGCUUUGCAACGCGGCCCUACUCCAGUUGAUUGCCCAAUUUGCGGCGUCCGUGAGAUGACCAGAACAGAGGCAGAGUCAGGAAACACAACACAUGGAUGGGCUGCCGUGAUUUGCUGCUGUUUCUGUCUGGGAUGUAUCCCAUACCUGAUGUCCUCUCUGAAAGACUACAACCACUACUGUGGUCAGUGUGGCACUAUGCUGGCUACAUGGCAUAACAGCGGAAGAGUUGAGGUGCAUCAAAAUGUGAGACAAUAAAGUGGGUGGCUUGUCUUGGUUUAUAUAUUUUUCGUUUCUGCUGUCGGCGUUCGGGGAAUACUAUUGUGAUGAUACCAAUUUUACGUCAAGGAGAAUCUAUAUGCUAUGCGAAU